GACGAAUCUUGUUCAGUUCGCGCCAAUGUUCUACCCACUCCUUGCUGCAUUUCCUUUGCUUGUUGUUGUACUAGGAUUGCUUGGCCCUGUCAGCUCACAAAUCGACGCGUUUCUGCAGCCUAAUGUUGAUAAUGCAGAUUCCUCGCCCUCUUUGUCCCCUCGAAUUCUCCUUUUGACAGCUCACCCAGACGACGAAUGCUUUUUUUUUGCACCCACCGUACUCUCUCUACUUGCCAGUCAUGAUAGGGACGCGCGAACGCCAGAGGUCUUCUCACUUUGUUUGUCGACAGGUAAUGCGGACGGUAUGGGCGAACGGAGGCGAGGCGAACUCUCACGUAGCCUAGAUGUACUUGGAAUAGAUCAGGAGAAAAGAUGGGUCGUUGAUCACCCAGAACUUCAGGACAAUAUAACUAUGCAAUGGAAUGCCGAAGUAAUCGCAGAAACCAUAACACCUUACAUACUCGAAAAUCGUAUAACCACUAUUCUUACUUUCGAUGGAAAGGGUAUAUCCUUGCACCCGAAUCACUUCUCACUUCCAUUUGGCGUGUCCCACCUAAUCUCGUCGUGGUCAUUUAUGCCGGACUCUACCUUGCCACGUCCCCGUCUCUUUACGCUCAUCACAGUCCCAGUACUCACGAAGUAUUCUGGUAUUAUCUCCGCACUGCUCGCAAGACUUGAUAUUUUGCUGCAACAAAGCUUAACCUAUCUCUUGGUGCCUUCAACGACCAUAUCCACCCCGGAACCACCAAUUGCUUCGUCAAUCUCCAAGACCCAGGCUCAGGCACUUGCUCCAACGAUGCCAGUAUUUAUAUCCGGUACUUCUGAGUUCUUUAUCACCGCCCGCGCCAUCAAGACGCACAAUUCGCAACUUGUAUGGUUCCGAUACCUGUACAUGAUCUUUUCCAGAUACAUGUGGGUAAACGAAUGGGUGGAGGUGCGUUCGUGAAGAUAAGUAUACUCGAAUUAUGUCUUGUUUGGUCGUCAGCGUGAUUAUAUAUCCCUGAACACGAAAACAGGCGUAGCGAACAUUGAUUAUGUGUGCUUGUACACGUUUGUCUGUACUAGUUAUCAAAAACACAAUACUCCUGAGCA